AUGGCAGAAACUUAUUGUAUCGUAGAUAAAAGAGAAACUCCUUCUGUUGAUCCAAGUGGGUAUCAGAGAGAUAAAAGAGGCAGAAUACAAUUCUUUUGUAAAUGCGCUGUCUGUGGAAAUAAAAAAGUUAGAUAUGUAAAAAACAGCGGGCAAGUUGGAACUGGAAAAGGAAGAAAAACCAAACGAAAGUCAAAAAACUAAUUAGCGCGUCUGAAGGGGCGGGCGUUUUUGAUACUGUUGUUGGCACUGCAGUAGAUGGAUUUGCUGAGUAUGGUUUACCUUGGAUGGCAAAGAAAAGUGUUGAAAUGGGAAGAUAUGGACCAAGCGCGUUAAUGAGGGAUAAAAAUCUUCACCAGAAAGCUGUAAAGUAUGGAAUAAAUAAACUUACUCCUUUUAUUCAAGAUUCUGUUGGAUCAGCAAUGGAUCAGUUAUCAACAAAAGUAAGACCAAAAAAGAAAUAUAAAACUAACAGACCAGAGUUGGAUGGUGGAAAUAUAGUUGACGAUAUAUCAAAAAAAAUAAAUGAUGACACCAAAGAUAUGCAAAAAUACAAACUUGAUCAAGCCACUUAUGCAUGAAUGAAUCCUUUAUUGCUAUACUCUUGGUUUGUCAAAUAUACUUCAAGAAGGCGGUCUUAAUCCGUUAACAGCAGUUCAAAAAGCAUAUGAGUGGGUCGCAAAGCCAGCUAUUAACAAAUCUGUUGAAGCUGAUCAAAAAUAUAGUCGAUUCAAAAAAGACAGAGAACCACAUUACAAAAAUGCUUACAACACAGUUAAACCGUUGGGAUAUGAUAAAAGUUGUUUGACAUUUGUUUUAAGUUUAAAUAAUAAACCCCUUCCAAAUCUUGGGGGAGGAAAAAUAGGGCGCCGGAAGCCAAUUUCUUAUGGACGGGUAGGUGGUAAAGUCGAUAUUCAUAAUGCCAUUCUGAAAGUGGCUCCGAAAAAAGGCUUUGUGCUGCCUGGGCAUAACUAUACUAGACCUGGUAACCCACUCGAUUCUCAAUUGAAAUAUGAUCCUCAAACAGGCCAGGUAUUGGAAAUCUAUGAACAACCAACUGGAAAAACUGAUGUCAGUAUGCAACACGAUGUUGAUUAUAGUGUCUAUGGAAAUAAACCAAAAAGUGAACAAGUAAAAUGUAAAAAUGAAGCUGAUAGAAAGAUGAUUAAAACACUGGAUGCAAUUCGACGGAAAGAAAGACAAUGGUGUCAUGCUAUGGCUAGAUCAAUGAUAAAAACAAAA